GUGCAGAUUAAACGUCACGUCCGCACUUGAACUUGAAUUUUAUCCCAUUGUACAGAGGCAGCCCCAGCCAUAGAGAGACCGAGAGCUCCCAGAGAACCCGGACUCCGCCAUCUUCACGUUGCAAUCUAUAGCUCCCAGUCCGCGCCCGCACCGACCCAGGCGCACUGGGCGAGCCGCCCCUCAGCCCCGCUCCCCCUGGGCCCGCGGCGCCGGGGGAGCGCUGGGGAGCGCUCGCGGGGACUCGGCAGCCCCUCCGGCCGGCGCCAGCCUGCCAGGUGAACUGGGAAGCAGCCGCUCUUGGAGUCCCCCCAGAGCCUCGGAAGGGUCAGUCUCCGAGAAAAAAACAGGCAGCCCGCAGAAAACCCAGAAACAACCGAACCGCGGCAGUUUUACAUUGCUUUGGGUUUUUUGAGGGGGCGGGGUAAGGGGGUACGAGACAAGUCCCCAAGUUUUCUUUGCUUUUUCUUUUUCUUUCUUUUUUUUUAUUUGUUUGCAUUUUUUUUUCUUUCUCCCCUUCUGGUGGAAGUGCGCGUUCCACCUACCAGACCCUGAAAGAAAGUGUCAGGAGCCGGUGCAAAAUCCGGUUUAAGUUCAAGAAGACAUUUAGAAGUCCAAGAGGCCAAGCAGUUUGAAGAAGUGUAACAGAUCUUUUUUCCUUCGAAAGAAUAUAUAUUUUACAGAGACCAGCCGGUCCGCGGCAAGCUACAGUUCUUCUUCUUCUUCUUCUUCUUUUUUUUUUUUUUUGCCUCUUUUUCUCAUUUUAGAUCGAGAGGUCUUUCUUGUUUUAUUAUUUUCUUUUUCUUUUUGCAAACAAAACAAAAAACAUCAUAGAAGAAAGAGCAAAAUAAAGAAGAAGAGGAAAAAGAGAGGGCAAGAGAGGAAGGGAAAAAAAAAAAAACAAAAACCAACCCGGGCAGAGGAGGAGGCGCGGCGGCGCGGCGGCAGCGGCGGCGGCGGCGGCGGCUCAGACCCCCUCCCCGGCCCCCAUCAGUGCAGCUCUCCGGGCGAUGCCAGAAUAGAUGCCGGGGCAAUGUCCCGCCGCAAACAGGGCAACCCGCAGCACUUGUCCCAGAGGGAGCUCAUCACCCCAGAGGCUGACCACGUGGAGGCCGCCAUCCUCGAGGAAGAUGAGGGUCUGGAGAUAGAGGAGCCGAGCGGCCUGGGGCUGAUGGUGGGUGGCCCCGACCCUGACCUGCUCACCUGUGGCCAGUGUCAGAUGAACUUCCCCCUGGGGGACAUCCUGGUUUUUAUAGAGCACAAGAAGAAGCAGUGUGGCGGUAGCCUGGGUGCCUGCUACGACAAAGGCCUGGACAAGGGCAGCCCGCCACCCUCGCGCUCCGAGCUCAGGAAGGUGUCGGAGCCGGUUGAGAUCGGGAUCCAGGUCACGCCCGAUGAAGAUGACCACUUGCUCUCGCCCACGAAAGGCAUCUGCCCCAAGCAGGAGAACAUUGCAGGGCCGUGCAGGCCUGCCCAGCUGCCAGCGAUGGCCCCCAUAGCUGCCUCCUCCCACCCUCACACAUCCGUGAUCACUCCACCUCUGCGCGCCCUGGGCGCUCUCCCGCCCUGCUUCCCGCUGCCCUGCUGCAGCGCACGCCCGGUCUCGGGCGACGGGACUCAGGGUGAGGGUCAGACGGAGGCUCCCUUUGGAUGCCAGUGUCAGUUGUCAGGUAAAGAUGAGCCUUCCAGCUACAUUUGCACAACAUGCAAGCAGCCCUUCAACAGCGCGUGGUUCCUGCUGCAGCACGCGCAGAACACGCAUGGCUUCCGGAUCUACCUGGAGCCCGGGCCGGCCAGCAGCUCGCUCACGCCCCGGCUCACCAUCCCGCCGCCGCUGGGGCCCGAGGCUGUGGCACAGUCCCCACUCAUGAAUUUCCUGGGCGACAGCAGCCCCUUCAACCUGCUGCGCAUGACGGGCCCCAUCUUGCGGGACCACCCUGGCUUUGGUGAGGGCCGCCUGCCCGGUACGCCUCCGCUCUUCAGCCCGCCGCCACGCCACCACCUGGACCCGCACCGCCUCAGUGCCGAGGAGAUGGGGCUCGUCGCCCAGCACCCCAGUGCCUUUGACCGAGUCAUGCGCCUGAACCCCAUGGCCAUCGACUCACCUGCCAUGGACUUCUCGCGGCGGCUUCGCGAGCUGGCAGGCAACAGUUCCACGCCGCCACCCGUGUCGCCAGGCCGCGGCAACCCUAUGCACCGGCUCCUGAACCCUUUCCAGCCCAGCCCCAAGUCCCCUUUCCUGAGCACGCCGCCGCUGCCCGCCAUGCCCCCUGGCAGCACCCCACCGCCACAGCCCCCGGCCAAGAGCAAGUCGUGCGAAUUCUGCGGCAAGACCUUCAAGUUCCAGAGCAAUCUCAUCGUGCACCGGCGCAGCCACACGGGCGAGAAGCCCUACAAGUGUCAGCUGUGCGACCACGCGUGCUCGCAGGCGAGCAAGCUCAAGCGCCACAUGAAGACGCACAUGCACAAGGCCGGCUCGCUGGCUGGUCGCUCCGACGACGGACUCUCGGCCGCCAGCUCCCCGGAGCCUGGCACCAGCGAGCUGGCUGGCGAGGGCCUCAAGGCGUCCGACGGCGACUUCCGCCACCACGAGAGCGACCCGUCACUGGGCCACGAGCCCGAGGAGGAGGACGAGGAAGAGGAGGAGGAAGAGGAGGAGCUGCUGCUGGAGAACGAGAGCCGACCCGAGUCGAGCUUCAGCAUGGACUCGGAGCUGAGCCGUAACCGCGAGAACGGUGGCGGUGUGGCCGGGGUGCCGGGCGCGGGGGGCGGCGUGGGCGGCGCGGCCAAGGCUCUGGCCGACGAGAAGGCGCUGGUGCUGGGCAAGGUCAUGGAGAACGUGGGCCUGGGCGCGCUGCCCCAGUACAGCGAGCUGCUGGCCGACAAGCAGAAGCGUGGCGCCUUCCUGAAGCGUACGGCCGCUGGUGACACGGGCGACGAAGACGACGCGGGAGGCUGCGGCGAUGCGGGUGCGGGCGGCGCGGUGAACGGGCGGGGCGGUGGCUUCGCGCCCGGCGCUGAGCCUUUCCCCGGCCUCUUUCCCCGCAAGCCGGCACCGCUGCCCAGCCCCGGGCUCAACAGCGCGGCCAAGCGCAUCAAGGUGGAGAAGGACCUGGAGCUGCCCCCCGCCGCGCUCAUCCCGUCGGAGAACGUGUACUCGCAGUGGCUCGUGGGCUAUGCGGCGUCACGGCACUUCAUGAAGGACCCAUUCCUGGGCUUCACGGACGCGCGCCAGUCGCCCUUCGCCACGUCCUCCGAGCACUCGUCCGAGAACGGCAGCCUGCGCUUCUCCACGCCCCCCGGGGACCUGCUGGACGGCGGCCUGUCGGGCCGCAGUGGCACCGCCAGCGGGGGCAGCACGCCGCAUCUGGGCGGCCCGGGCCCUGGGCGGCCCAGCUCCAAGGAGGGCCGCCGCAGCGACACGUGCGAGUACUGCGGCAAGGUGUUCAAGAACUGCAGCAACCUGACGGUGCACCGGCGGAGCCACACCGGCGAGCGGCCUUACAAGUGCGAGCUGUGCAACUACGCGUGCGCGCAGAGCAGCAAGCUCACGCGCCACAUGAAGACGCACGGGCAGAUCGGCAAGGAGGUGUACCGCUGCGACAUCUGCCAGAUGCCCUUCAGCGUCUACAGCACCCUGGAGAAACACAUGAAAAAGUGGCACGGCGAGCACUUGCUGACUAACGACGUCAAAAUCGAGCAGGCCGAGAGGAGCUAAGCGCUCGGGCUGGGCGCCCCUCACCUGUACAGUGGAACCCUUGCCAACCGCGAGAAUGCCGACCUGACUUGCCUCCGCGUCACCGCCACUUAGCGCCCCGUGUGUCCCCGGGGAGGCGGCACCCCAACCUAACCUGUGUCUGCGAAGUCCUAUGGAAACCCGAGGGUUGAUUAAGGAAGUAAACAAUUGUGGAGCCUUUUAACUGUGCAAUAAUUUCUGUAUUUAUUGGGUUUUGUAAUUUUUUUGGCAUGUGCAGGUACUUUUUAUUAUUAUUCCUUCUGUUUAAAUUCCUUUAAAAGAUUUUGUUGGGUAUUCAUCCCUUCUUCAUUUUUUUAACCCUAUAGUGGUCUGAGCAAUGACUCGUCAGCAAUGUAGAGGGGAAGCAUAUCUUUUAAAUUAUAAUUUUUUUGGGGGGGGGGGGCGCUGCUUUUUUGAAAUUUAAGCUAAGCAUGUGUAAUUUCUUGUGAAGAAGCCAACACUUAAAUGACUUUUAAAGUUGUUUACUUUUUUAUCCCCCCCCCCUCUUUUUUUUGGUCCUGAAAUAAAAAGUGGCAUGCAUUUUUAGGCUUUUUAUUUUAUUUUAUUUUAUUUUUCGGGGGGGAGGGAUGUACAGCGGAUAACAAUCUUUAAAAUUGUAGCACUUUGUUUCAGAAUUGGAAUGGAGAUGGAGCACUGAUGAUGUCCUGAGUCCCAGAGGCCUUUUCUGUGUUGAUGUCAAUUUUCACCUGGUAUAGGGAAAACUUUUAGUGGGGUGGUGGGGGAGACACCCACAAAGUACCACUAGAAAAACUGAUUUCGAGGGCUGCCCUGGGAAGAGGCCCCGAGCAUUCUGAGGUUGUGCAUUACCAGCAGAGAGCACCCUUUUCUUGGAAUGUGGGUGUGCCCUGGGAUGCCAUCUCUGCCCUUUGCUGUAGUUUUGGCUGGAAAAAGUGGGCUGAGGCUAUUUUUUAUGGAGUAGACAGUGGUGGUCUACAGUGACACAGAAAGGAAGGAACCAGCGGAGUUCUUUCAGGCUUCUUCUGACUUGACGACUUCUCUUUUUCUCACCCCCAUUCUAUAAAUCCCAAGCGCAUGUUGCUACCCGUGAUGACUGAUCAUUUCUCAAGCAGACAGACACCUUGAUGGUGAAUUGAGGAAGUUAGUGCCCACUUAUUCAGUGCACUCUGAUGACAUUGUAGGGACAGGGGGAACAUCUUACAGAUUUCUGUUCCCUCUCCCUAGAGAAGCAGAGGAAGAGCUCCAUCCAAAGGUGCCCAGCACUACUUCCCAGUUGUUUUUUUCUCGGAUUAGGUUGGAAGGUACUAACAUUGGACUGUUGAUAUUAGACAUUUGAAUUCUGUUGACCCGCACUUUAAAGCUUUUGUUUGCAUUUAAAUUAAAUGGCUUCUAAACAAGAAAUUGCAGCAUAUUUUCUUUGGCCCAGAGGUGGGUUAAACUGUAAGGGACAGCUGAGAUUGAGUGUCGGUGUUGCUAAGCGUGGCAUUCACAAUACUGGCACUAUAAAGAACAAAAUAAAAUAAUAAUUUAUUGGACAGUUUUUCUACUGCCAUUCAAUUUGAUGUGAGUGCCUUGAAAACUGAUCUUCCUAUUUGAGUCUCUUGAGACAAAUGCAAAACUUUUUUUUUUUUUUAAAUGAAAAGACUUUUUAAAAAAGUAAAACAAGAAAAGUACAUUCUUUAGAAACAAAGCCACAUUUACUUUAAAUUAAAAAUAAAAUCCUGGUUGAAGAUACAGGACAUGAAAAUGCCAUAAGACCCAAUGAAGUGAGAAAAAACCCCAGCACAACCUUGGCCAUCCAUUAGCUCGGUUAUCCUCAGCCCCUUUUGUUUUUGGGACAACGCUGCUUAGUUGUGGAGUAGAGGUGACUUACUGCUGAAUUAAAACUCAAGUGACACAAGUUGAUAUCGUUGAAUGAAAAAACGACAAAACAAUUCAGGAACAAUGGCUAAUUUUUUUCUAAAGUUAAAUUUAGUGCACUCUGUCUUAAAAAUACGUUUACAGUAUUGGAUACAUACAAGGGUAAAAAAAAAUUGUGUGUAUGUGUGUUGGAGCGAUCAUUUUUUUUCAGAGUUUGCUUAAUAGGCUAUACAAAAAUGCCACAAUGGCUACGUGUAUAUUGUUUUCUUUUGGUGACGGGGUUUUAGUAUAUAUUAUAUAUAUUAAAAUUUCUUGAUUACUGUAAAAGUGGACCAGUAUUUGUAAUAAUCGAGAAUGCCUGGGCAUUUUACAAAACAAGAAAAAAAAAAACUUUUUUCUUUUCCUUGAAAAUGUUGCAGUAAAAUUUAAAUGGUGGGUCUAUAAAUUUGUUCUUGUCACAGUAACUGUAAAGUCGGAGUUUUAGUAAAUUUUUUUCUGCCUUGGGUGUUGAAUUUUUAUUUCAAAAAGAAAUGUAUAGAAACUUGUAUUUGGGGAUUAAAAGGGGAUUGCUACACCAUGUAGAAAAAGUAUGUAGAAAAAAAAAGUGCUUAAUAUUGUCAUUGCUUUGCAGAAAAAAAAAAUCACAUUUCUGACCUGUACUUAUUUUUCUCUCCCCACCUCCCUCUGGAAUGGAUAUAUUGGUUGGUUCAUAUGAUGUAGGCACUUGCUGUAUUUUUACUGGAGCUUGUAAUUUUUUAACUGUAAGCUUGUCCUUUUAAAGGGAUUUAAUGUACCUUUUUGUUAGUGAAUUUGGAAAUAAAAAGAAAAAAAAAAACAAAAACAAACAGGCUGCCAUAAUAUAUUUUUUUAAUUUGGCAGGAUAAAAUAUUGCAAAAAAAAUUUGUAUGUUAAGUCCUAUUGUACAGGAGAAGAAGGGUUGUUUGACAACCUUUGAGAAAAAGAAUCAAAAGGAAGUAGUUAAAUGCUUUGGGUCACAGAUCAUUUUAGUUGUAUAUAUUUUUGUCAGAAUUGGCCUGCACAGAGAACUGUUGGCUUCGGGCUUCCAUGUGGACGCCCGCCCUGACAUCAAGGCGCCUUGGUGUGGCCGCGGCAGGCCGGAUGGGAAAUGCUUUAUUUGUGUUGAGUGGAAAAAUCAGUUUUGUCAAGAUGUGGGUGACGUUUUACACAGUCCUCCCUUCUCCAGGAGGCCAUUUUGCAAGGUGGCAGCUGCAGAGGGGAGCCAGCAGGGUGGCCUUCCUUCUCUGCUGUCACUGCAUGGCACUCCCCACCACCUGGCCCGCUCUCGAGAGCAGAGAGAAUCGCAGACCGAGCUGCUUUAGUCCUUGAGAAAACAGGAGGCAGACAGAACGUGUAGCAGCAGGAGCUGUGUCCAUGGGGUCCCGCUGGAGGGGCCCCGCAGGUGGGACUGAGGAAGGGGACCCUUGCACCAGGACCUUCCGUUCCACCGAGUGGUGGCCAGUUUUUCUCCCCUGCUUCGCUGCUUCUGUCUCCAACCUACAUCUGUCCGUUUCCGGAUGCCGAGGGCCUGGGAUGAAUGAAUUCGGUGCCUUUCGUAUCUCUCCCUCUGCAUUUCCCCACCCUCCAGCCUCUGUUGGUCCUUUACCUGUUCAUUUCCUGUUGAUUAAAUUUCUUUUCUUUCUCCCUCUCUGUCUCUUCCACUCCUCUUUUUCUUCUUUCUUUUCUUCUUGUCUCUCUCUCUCUCUCUCUCUCUCUUUUUUUUUUUUGUAAAGCCAAGUAGCUUUAAGAUAAUAAUAAAAUGGUGGUUUUUUGGAUGAGGGAAUAAAACAUUUUUAACAAAUACCUAUAUCAGGAAGCCAUUUUUUAUUUCAGGAAAUGUAAGAAACCAUUAUUGCAGGUUAUAAAAAGAUAACCAAGCAUCCUUCUGGGCAAAUCUUUACCAAAUGCAGAAAUCUUUCUUCUGGGAGCUUUCUGUUUGUGCUGUCCCCCCCCACCACCCACCCCCCCUUGCCAUUUACCUUUGCAAGGUUAAAAGAAGGGGAGGGAGAGGGCCAUAAAGCUGAGAUUUCAGUUUCCUACCUGCUUGAGCCAAAACCCAGAGCUGCCCUUCCCUCCCACCGCCCUCCUAGCUGCCGGGAGCUCCACCGUGGUUCUCCUGUGGCUCUCAAAGCUAGCCAGCGCUCACCAGCUCAACCAAGUCACCAGAAUGCCAGGACUAAGCCAUCAUAAAGCACAAGGGUUGUGUCUCUGCCGACCGCAGAGAUAAGAGAGCUUUGCUUCUCUUUGGUGGUUAAGCAGGUGACCCAGUGAGAGGCCUCCAGCCUGGGUGACCCAGCCGACCUCAGGCCGGGUUCCACACUGCCACAACUUUGCCCAAAGUUGCCCCCAAUCGGAACCUGCCACUUGCCAUUGGAGGGUCUUUCAUGGGGAGAGGAGACUGAAUUACUCUAAGCAAAAUGUGAAAAGCAAGGACAUCAGCCCUUCAUCCCAGUCCGUCAGCUGAAGGUUUUGUUGAACACAGGCAAAUCCGUGAUUUUGGUGCUCUUUGUACCUCAGCCCUGCAAAGCAAAGUUACAUUGAUUUCAGUCGUUUGCAUUUGUACCGGCAAGGCGAAAUAUUUUUAUUACCUUUUCUAUUACUUAUUGUAUGAGCUUUUGUGUUUACUUGGAGGUUUUGUCUUUUACUACAAGUUUGGAACUAUUUAUUAUUGCUUGGUAUUUGUGCUCUGUUUAAAAAACGGGCACUCUUUUUUUUUAAUUAUGGAUAAAAUGUUGAGAUGACAGGAGGUCAUUUCAAUAUGGCUUAGUAAAAUAUUUAUUGUUCCUUUUAUUCUCUGUACAAGAUUUUGGGCCUCUUUUUCCCUUAAUGUCACAAUGUUGAGUUCAGCAUGUGUCUGCCAUUUCAUUUGUACGCUUGUUCAAAACCAAGUUUGUUCUGGUUUCAAGUUAUAAAAAUAAAUUGGACAUUUAACUUGA